CGCAAGAAGAUGAGUGAUCUUGAAACGGACAUAACCUGAUUUCACUGAGCCUAGUCGGAGAAGCGUUUAUCGGUUUCGCGGUCCCACGUGUAUUAUUUCUUCAAACUGUGCUAAAAUGUCGUUUUUCAUAAAAAAGAAACCGUUCAACGGAGUUAAAAGGGGACAGCCCGAUAAUCGAAAAGCCAAAAAACGAAAAAUUGAGCCCAAGAAAUCGAGAAAUGAAGAAAUUACGAGCAGCGAAGAUGAGGGCAUGCAGGAGGAUGAAAACUUGAAUUUAUCGUCAUCGGAGGACGAGAACGAGACGGCCCAGGACAAGAAGGUGCGUUUAGCUAAAUUGUUUCUCGAGGAAAUCAAACGGGAAGAAAAGGCUCGCCUUGAAAGGGAAGAAAUUGAUGAAAGAGUAAUCUCAAAAAGGCUGAAAGAAGACUAUCUAAAGGAAACUGGAAAGCUGCGCUUAAAAGUUGCAGAUAAUUACAGUGAAAUUAACGUGGAUAACAUCAGGACGCUUAAGUGCAAACAGCAGAGAAAUGGCCUAACUUGUAUAUGCAUAUCUAAUGAUAACAAGUUUCUUUUUAGUGGAAGCUUAAAUGGAGUAGUGGUAAAGUACUCGUUAAGUGACUGUCGCAGGGUUGGUUUGCUGCCGUUUGUUCGCAACAGUGGUGAUGAAACAAUAGGUCAUUCCAGUGGCAUUUUCAGCUUGGCAAUAUCAACAGACAGCAAAUAUUUAUCAGUGGGAGAUCAGGCUGGAAAUAUUAACAUUUGGAACCCCGAUACCCUGAAGCACAUUAAAACACUCACCGGACAUAAAAAGGCUAUUCUCGGGCUGAGUUUCAAAAAGGAAUCCCACACCUUGUACUCCUGCAGCAAGGAUAAGAGUGUGAAAGUGUGGAAUUUGGAUGAAAUGGCCUAUGUAGAGACAUUGUUUGGGCAUCAAGACUCUGUAUCAGCAGUCGAUAGCCUUCAUAAGGACCGAGUGGUUACAUCAGGAGCGCGAGACUUGAGAAUUUGGAAAAUCAUCGAGGAAACCCAACUAAUCUACAAUGGACACAUGGGAAAUAUUGAUCAUGUGAGAUUCAUUAAUGAAGAACACUUUUUCUCAGGAGGGGACGAUGGCCAGAUAUGCGUGUGGAGUUUUAUGCGUAAAAAACCAUUGCAAAUCAUCGAAUCAGCACAUGGAAAAGAUUUAUUCAACAACCAGCCGAGAUGGAUAACUGCGAUAGCAGCCUUAGUGAACACUGACCUAGUAGCAUCUGGGUCAUAUGAUGGUUACGUACGACUCUGGAAACUGGAAGAUAACUUCAAAAAAUCAAAGGAAAUUCUGAAAAUCCGAGUUCAAGGUGUUAUUAAUGCGCUAUCGUUUGCAAGCGAUGGACAAAGUCUUGUUGUGGCUGUUAGUAGGGACUAUAAGUUCGGACGGUGGAUGACUGUUAAAAAUGCAAAGGACUGUAUUCUUGUUGUACCUUUUAAUGUAACAGUUGGAUAGUAGCAGCACACAGUUGUAAAGUCUAGUUGUUAAGGAAUAUACUUUUUUACAUA